AUGUUUAAAAAUGACUUACGGAAGUUUACAACUAAAAUUCGAUCAGAUUCACAAUUAACAAUUAUUGAAAAGCCUCCAAUAUCAGUUCAAAAUUUCUUUGAUUUUAAGGAUAAAAUACCAAAUUACUUGAAGUGUGAUGUCAUUUAUAACGUUAAACGUAAAGACUGUAGUUCACAGUAUAUGGGUAAAACUAAACGACAAGCAUGUAGACGACUGUAUGAACAUGGAUUACCUAAAGAUACCUAUAGUUCUCAAUCAUCUCAGUCAUUAUCUAAUGUGACUUCAUCCUCUAUGACCAGAGCAGCACAAUCAGUGAAAACAGCUCGAAUAGCUAAAACAAAAGCUACUCAGAAAAUAACGGAACAGGUUAAACUAAUGAAUGCCUCUGAUCGAAAGAUUCUCGAAGAGAUUGAUGAUUAUUCAGACAUUAAAGAUGUGAAGUCUGCUCUACAAAAACAUGUUGAAGAUACCUCUCACUCUAUUGAUUGGCAGAAUUGGCGUAUAAUGGACAGGGACAAAGUUGAAUAUCGAUUGUUAGUCAAAGAGUCUUUGUUAAUAGCAUCAUUCAAUCCUGACUUAAAUCGUACAGUUAGGUCUGUACCUUUUAUUGUGUUUCCCGACGGCCUUUCUCAGAGAAAGAGCAAAAGGAAUAUUGAUCCAGGCGGAUAG